UAUCAAUUUCAUUUUAGAUUACUUUUUCCACUUAAUGGUAACAUAGUAACGUAUAAUUUAGUAAUGGAAUUUUUCAUUUUUGUGUUAAAUUGAAAAUGGAUACAAAACUGAAAGACAGACUAGUUAAACGCGUUAAAUUACAUACUGAUCUACCAAAUAUAAAUAAAUCGGUUUGGAGUGAGGACACUUUAAAAGAAGUAAAUAGAUUUGUUUCUACUAACCAAACCGUACUAUGUUUAUACUUUGAUGGUCAUUUUCUUCGAAGCGAUUCGCGAAUACCAAAUAUACGCGCCGAACGGCUGGCGUGGUUUUUCAAACCAGCAAAAAACGAAAAUGGCAAUGAUGUUCGCCUAGACGAUGAAAAUUUCGAUAAUUAUGUUCAAUGGGGUACACUUAAGACGGCUAUUGAUGAGGCCAUGUUUAUGCUUCUCAAUUCAUUGAUACAUCCCUAUUUAUUUUAUUGGCCAGAUUUUGAGAAGUAUAAUUUCUAUAAACAAAAUAAGUAUACAAUUCAUGAGCUCUGUCGUUUCAAAUAUUCAAAAAUUUUACCUGUUGAAUUUUUUGCCGAAACAACAAUUAUUAGUGAAACAACACUAAAUAUACUUGAAAGUAUUCUAAAAGAUUAUUAUUCUGAAAUAUUGAAUCGCUUAUGUGAUGAUGGUCGAAAUGCUUCAAUGUGUGAAUAUUAUAUGGAACAUAUAAUUGAUGAGAUCAAUUUUUGGGAGGAAAGAUUGACUGAUUUUAGGUAUAUAAUGGUUAUUUUUGAUUAUAAAAGUGUAUAUGAAAUUUUGGAAAUAUUAGAACAGGGUAGACCAGUUUCCACUGCAACAUUCAAAAAAUUAUUUAGUGAAUUUUCGAUUGGAUUACAAGAAGCUGAGUCAAAUAUUAACUAUCUUCAAAUAGUAAAAAAAUUAUGUGUAGAUCUAUAUAAUAUUUCAUCACUUGACGAAAUCUUAGAUGCUUUACCAGAAAUAUUUGCCAAAUUUAUAUUUAUUUUUGAAGAAUCACCAUUUUAUAAUAAACCGUCUGACCUUAAUCGACUCUGCAAUUAUUUAGGAAAUCAACUGAUAUUUUUGUGUCGAAGAGCUAUAGAUAUUAAUUUAUUAUUUAACGGCGGUGUAGAUUCUACCAUUGAUUCAUUGCACAAAUGUAUUUAUUGUUGUAAUUAUUACAUUGAUUUGUAUACAGAGUCGGUAAAACUUCACAAAUUUAACUAUAAAGGAAAAAUAUGGGUUAAGGCUAGAUCAAUGUAUGCAUUUUUGGAUCGGUUAAAAGACAUCGAAUAUAUUUGUCAAGCUUUAAUGGUGUUUAAAAGAAUGAAUACACAACAACUUCAUAUACCAAAGCCAAUAUUUUCAUUUGUCAAAGGAUUUUAUUUUGAGAAAAUUAUAGAAUCAAUUGAAAUACGUUUUGACGAAAAAAUUAAACAUAUACAAACUAUUAUCAGAACAAGUUUUGAUUUGCAAACUAUGAAGUGGUUUCAAUACAUUAACAAAUUUCGUGAUGAAGUACAAGAAUUAUGUUCAGAAGUUGAACAUGUAUUGAACGAUGCAAUAAAUGCCACGUGCAACUUAGAAGACUCAUUAUACGUUUUACAAUCCUUACACUAUUUUUCUCAUUGGCCACAACUUAAAUUGUGCUUUCAACAAAAGACAAAUGAAAUAUAUAAGCUAUUAACAGACACUAUAACAUCUGUUAUGGCCUUGAUACCAAGUAAUAUCCACCGUAUUCCAUCAUUUCUACCCAAGUAUCCAGGAAUAUGUUCUAUGGUUAUGAUUAAAUUUAGACUUAUCACAAGCUAUAAGAAAAUGUUAGCUGAUCGUCCUUGGCUUUUAACAUGCCCAAGUAUCAAGGAAUUUCUUCAAACAUACAAAAAAUAUUAUGAUUUUUAUCAUAAAAUGACCGAAACUAUAUUUAAAAUGUGGACUGAUAAACUUUAUGCUAACAAUUAUGAAAAAAAGCUUGAUAAGCAUUUAUUAUCAGGGACUAGAAAAUCAAAAUGCCUUUGGAAUUUUAAAAUAAAUUUAGAUGAUGAAAUGCAUAUACUAAUGAAUGAAGUAGAUUCAUGGUUACUUAUUGAGUUUAAGAUGCCUUAUGUAGUGACACAUAUUGCAGAAAUGACACCGAAAAUUAAAGGUGUUUAUAAUAUAAUAAAUAUGACGAUAAAAUGUUAUGAUUAUUUUGCUGCAGGUUUAUCUGAACAAGAAAUAUUUUUAUUCGAGAAAAAGAUACAAAAUUGUAAUAAAAUAUUUUCACCAAUGGUUUUAGAAUACACAUGGCAUCAUAUUACUCAUAUUGAAAAUUAUCUUAUCAAAUGUUACACAUUAUUAGAAACAACUCAAAUGUUUGAAGAUGAUUACAAACAAAGCGUCAUGGAAGUACUAUUCUUAUGUGAAGAAAUAGCAAAUACACCAUUAUUUAAAUUUCAGUUAACUCAAGCAAUUGAUAUAAACGAUUUUAUGGAUCAAGCAAAAAUAUACAAAAAUAAAGUAAUGAAAAAGGUAUUAGCUAAUUACAAUGAAAUAAUUCGCUAUGGAACAAUCGUAUAUGAAGGAUUUGAAGAUCACAUUAAUGAAGUUAUAGUACACUGGGAACAAUUUGUCGACUAUAUUGACAUUCUAGUUCGCGAAUCCCUUAUUUUAAAUGCACGAUUUUCACUGGAAAAUAUGUUGGAACUGAGAGUUGGGUAUGGUUUUGGGCCAGUUCCAGUGUUUCAAAUUCAUGUUUGUUUGGAAAAUCGUAAAGUUAAAUACUCAUCAAGUUUAUUGACAUUGGUAAUGUGUUCAAUGCAAUCACUACCAAGUUUAAUGAUGUCUUUAAAAAGUAUACCAAGAUUACACUACACAUUUAAAGUGAUGAAUAAAUUAUCGAUACCAUAUGGCUAUGAACUUAUUGAAGAUCAAACUUGUAACGAUAUACAAUAUAAAAUUGAUACGUCAACACAAAUUGGUCUGAAUGAAAUUAGACAAUAUAUGUCGUCAUUAUUAUCAUACAGCGAUAUUUGGACCAUUGAUAAACAUAACUUUCUUGAACGUUUCCAAAACAACAAUCCUUCUGCAGAAAAUUUUAAUCAGGAGAUAAUAAUGUACAAUAAUUAUAUCCAAGACAUUAAAAAAUUUAAUUCUGUAUCAUCGAUUUCAAAUUUUUUAAUUUGUACUAAUGUUAUGAUUAAGCAAAUUAUUGCACAUUGCCAUAAUUGGAUUUACCAUUUUUCACAACUUACUUUAGAACUAACUGCCAAGUUCAUUGAAGGAUUUUUUGAAUAUGUACAUAUAAAUAGUGUCCAAGUAAUGACACAACCAAAGACACUAGAAGAAAUGGUCGAUUUUAUUGAAUUUAGAAAACGAUUAGUAAAGGAAAGUAUCUCGAAAGAAAAUGAAUUUUCAGUAAUUGCAGAUAAUAUUUCUAUUAUGGACAUACAUAAUAUAAUGGUACCAGAAAUCAUGCGAUCUAGACAUAGUACUAUGCACAAAAUUUGGAAUGAUUAUAAGCUUAUUUUAGAAACUGCCGAAGUUAUGCUAGAAGGCAAACGUGAUGAAUUUUUAAAUGUAUUGUAUACUAAACAAGAUACUUUAAAGCAAAAUGCUCAUGAUCUUCUACAGAAUUUUUAUCAAACUGCCCCUAGAACUUCUGAUUGGAAGUCAUCUGAUGUUUUAACAUAUAUUGAUCAAUUGAAGAAACAAAUUGCUACAAUGGAAGCCGAAGAAGAAAAAUUAAAAGAGGACCUCACGUUAUUUGGUAUUAAAUACGUACCAUCAACAGCAUUAAAAAAACUUAAAGAAGAAUUAGCCAUAUUGGAAUUAGUUUGGAGUACAAUAAAUCAAUGGGAUGUAGCUUGGGAAAGGUAUAAAAAUGGAAAAUUUUGGGAAAUAAAAGUAUCAGACAUGGAAAUAACAGUACAAUCUUUAUUCAAAAAACUCAAUCAUUUAGUAAAAGAGUUGAGAGAAAGAAAAUGGGAAGCUAUAGAAACAGCAAAAAUUUCAGUGGAUGUCUUUAGACGAGUUUUACCUUUAAUUACGGAUUUAAAAAAUCCAGCAAUGAGAAGUAGGCAUUGGGAUGAAGUGCGAAGAGUAAUACAAUCAGAUUUUAACGAAAAUGAUGAAACAUUUACUUUGGAAAUUGUAAUGCAAAUGGGAAUGGAAAACUUUGAAAAUGAAAUAAGUGAAAUAUCAAAUAAAGCUUCUAUGGAGUUAAACAUUGAGAACGCUUUUAGAUCUAUUCGAGAAACAUGGAAAUACAUGAAAUUGAUUACAGAACCUCAUAAAAAAUCAGGAAUGUAUAAAAUUAAAGCUGUUGAUGAAAUAACUCAAACUUUAGAAGAUCAACUCGUACAAAUAUCUUCGAUGAAAGGAUCUAAAUAUGUAUCAAUUUUUCUCGAAGAAGCAGAUUACUGGGAAAAAGGUCUUGGUAUAGUUAUGGAAGUAUUAGAAAUGACACUUAAUGUUCAAAGACUUUAUUUUUAUUUAGAAAAUAUAUUUUUCGGUGAUGAUAUUCGAGAAAAAAUGCCUAAGGAAGCCAUGACUUAUGAUGAACUGACGACAGAAUGGAAGAAAAUAACGUCAAAAAUGCAUAAAACAGAAAAUGUUUUUAAAGCUUGUUGUUCUAUAUCUUUACUUAAACAUUUAAACACAAUGGAUGAUCGGUUGCAAGCUAUUCAAAAAGCUCUCGAGGUCUAUAUGGAAACUAAGCGUAAUGUGUUUCCAAGAUUUUAUUUCAUAUCCAACGAUGAUUUAUUGGAAAUUUUGGGAAAUUCAAAAAAUCCUGAACUAAUACAACCACACUUGAAAAAAUGUUUUGAUAACAUUAACAAAGUUAAGAUGAGUACAACAAAAGAUCAAACUACUGAAGCUAGUGGAAUGUAUUCUGAAGAUGGGGAGUUUGUACCUUGGGUUAAACCAGUUUUAUGUGAGGGGCCUGUUGAAUUUUGGCUAUGUGCGAUAGAAAGUACAAUGCGGAUAUCAUUAAAAAGCGUAUUUAAAGAUGUAAAAUUGGCAUUGAUGAAAAAUUUAAAAAAUCGUGAUGACUGGAUACUUCAUUGGCCUGGACAAUUGUGUAUAACUGCAUCUCAAAUACAAUGGACAACAGAUUGUACAAGAGCACUUAUAAUGUGCAAACACAUUGAAAAUAAGCUCCCCUUGAAAAAAAUUCGUAAAAAACAGAAAACAAUUUUAUCAAAAUUUUCUGAUGCUAUAAGAGGAAAUUUACCUAAAACUGUGAGAUUGAAAGUGGUUGCAUUAGUAACUAUUGAAAUACAUGCUAGAGAUGUUAUUGAAAAAAUGUACAAAACUAAUUGCAUGGAUGUAACGGCAUUUGAAUGGAUGUCUCAGUUGCGUUUUUAUUGGGAUAAAAAGAUUAAUGACAUAGUAAUUAAACAAACUAAUACAAGACAAGUAUAUGGUUAUGAAUAUUUAGGAAAUUCGGGAAGAUUAGUGAUAACACCGCUGACUGAUCGUUGUUAUAUAACAUUAACUACAGCUUUACAUCUAUUUCGCGGUGGUAGUCCUAAAGGUCCUGCGGGUACAGGGAAAACAGAAACAGUUAAAGAUUUAGGAAAGAAUUUAGCUUACUAUGUAAUAGUUAUCAAUUGUUCUGAAGGACACGACUAUAUGAGUAUGGGACGAAAUUUUUCUGGUCUAGCACAACAAGGUGCAUGGGGUUGUUUUGAUGAAUUCAAUCGAAUUAAUAUUGAAGUAUUGUCAGUUGUUGCACAGCAGAUAUUGUCUAUUUUCUCAGCACUUGCUGCAAAUCAAAGUAGAUUUAUUUUUGAGAGAAAUGAAAUACGAUUGUUGCCUACAUGUGGAGUUUUUAUUACAAUGAAUCCGGGUUAUGCUGGAAGAACUGAAUUACCCGAUAAUUUAAAAUCUAUGUUUCGUGCUAUUUCUAUGAUGGUACCAGACAGCAAGCUUAUUGCUGAAAUAAUGUUGUUUGGUGAAGGUUUUAAGGAUACUAAAAAUUUAGCAAAUAAAGUGUUUGUAUUAUUUUCAUUAUGUAAACAACAGCUCAGUAAACAAGAUCACUAUGAGUUUGGACUUCGGGGAAUGGUUGCUUUACUAAGAUACUCUGGUCAAUGUAGACGUCUAUAUUCACAUUUACCAGAUGAAGAAGUUCUUUUAUUAGCUAUGCAGAAUAUGAAUUUAGCAAAACUUACCGUUGAGGAUUUGCCACUUUUUAUGGGAAUUACAAAUGAUUUGUUUAUUAAUAUUGUUUUGCCACCUGUAAAAAAUGAUAUACUUAUAAACGGAAUUAUCAAAUGUAUGGAAAAAAGUAAUCUCCAGCCAUCAAAACCAGCUAUAUCAAAAAUUGUUCAACUCUAUGAAACUCAAAAUUCAAGGCAUUCAGUUAUGGUUUUAGGACAAACUGGAGCAGCAAAAAGCACAACUUGGAAAAUGUUAAGGGAUACUUCUUCUUUAUUGAAAAAGAAUCAAAUUAGUGGGUUUGAAUUAGUUGUUGAAUUUCCUAUGAAUCCAAAAGCACUUUCUUUGGGUGAACUAUAUGGCGAGUACAAUUUAGCAACACAAGAAUGGAUGGACGGUGUUUUAUCAUCUGUAAUGCGUAAAACUUGUUCAGAUAGUUCAAUCGAACGUAAAUGGAUACUUUUUGAUGGGCCUGUUGAUGCCGUAUGGAUAGAAAAUAUGAAUUCUGUAAUGGAUGAUAAUAAGGUUUUGACUCUUAUAAACAGUGAAAGAAUUACGAUGCCUCAGCAGGUAUCUCUAUUAUUUGAAGUAGAAGAUUUGGCUGUGGCAUCUCCAGCUACCGUUUCUAGGUGUGGUAUAGUGUAUAACGAUUACAAUGAUUUUGGUUGGAAAUUAUAUGUUGACUCUUGGUUAAAUAAUUGUAAAUUUGAACCUUAUAAAGAUGCAAUUCGAGAUCAUUUCGAUAACUAUAUAAACAAAAUGUUGUUUUUCAAAAAAAAGCAUUGUACUGAAACAAUACCAGUUCCAGAGUUAAGUUCAAUAGUUUCACUAUGCAAAUUAUUGGAGUGUUUUACUUUUGAGCAAAUAGCCGUUAAAAUUCCUGAUAAUCUGGAUGAAGAAAAAUACUUCUAUCUUACAAAAAUAUGGUUCAUAUUUUGUAUGGUAUGGUCAGUAUGCUCUGGAGUAAAUGAUGAUGGUCGAAAAAAAAUAGACAUUUAUAUAAGAGAGCUAGAAAGGAUUUUUCCCGUAAGAGAUACUAUUUAUCACUAUUAUGUUGAUAGUAAUUUUUGUAGGUUUAAUCAUUGGGAAGAUAAACUACCCGCUCAAUGGGCAUGUGAUCCAGAUACUCAGUUUUUCAAAAUAAUUGUACCUACAGUGGAUACAGUACGUUACAACUACCUUACUGAGUCAUAUUUAAGCAAAAAACAACCAGUACUUCUAGUAGGACCAGUGGGAACUGGAAAAACAUCUACUGCUCAAAAGGCUCUAGAAUCUCUAAAUAAAAAUAAGUUUUCCUUUUUAACUAUUAAUAUGUCAGCUCAAACUACAUCAAAUAACGUGCAAGAAGCUAUUGAAGGGCGUCUGGAAAAACGAACUAAAGAACUUUAUGCACCUAUGGGAGAUAAAACUAUGAUAACAUUUUUGGAUGACAUGAAUAUGCCUGCAAAAGAGAUUUAUGGAGCGCAACCUCCGUUAGAAUUGAUUAGACAAUGGAUUGAUUACGAAUUUUGGUAUGACCGUCAAAGACAGACAAUUAAAUAUGUUAAAAAUAUGUUACUUAUUGGAGCUAUGGGUCCACCUGGCGGUGGUAGAAAUACAAUUAGUAAUAGACUACUAAGUAGUUUUAGCAUAAUUAACUUAACAUUUCCCGAAGAAACUCAAAUAUUCAGAAUUUAUGGACUAAUGUUAAAUCAACACUUAAAAAAUUUUCAAGAAGAUGUGUUUAACCUAAAAGAAGGAUUGACUACGAUGACAGUUGAUUUAUAUAAUAGUGUUGUUAUGAAUAUGUUGCCUACUCCAGCAAAAAUGCAUUAUCUUUUCAACUUACGUGACAUAUCCAAGGUUUUUCAAGGAUUAUUACGUAGUAGUACAGAUUUUCAAAACGAAAAAGACUUAAUGCUACGACUUUGGUGUCAUGAAGUUUUUCGAGUUUUUAGUGACCGACUAAUUGAUUUUAAAGAUAGAGAUUGGCUUUUAAAUCAAGUUAACAACCAACUUGGAAAAAAUUUCGAAUUAACAUAUCGAGCUCUUUGCCAUACUGAUAGUAAUCCCAUUUUUUGUGACUUUUUAAAUAAAUAUGUGCUUUAUGAAGAGAUAGUUGACGAGAAAAAGUUGUUAGAUUUUAUCUACAAUAGACUAUCUGAAUACAAUUCCAGAUCAAAUGUCAUACCAAUGAAUCUUGUACUGUUCAGAGACGCCGUUGAACAUGUGUGUCGUAUAGCUAGAGUUAUAUCCCAGCCAAGAGGCUACAUGCUCAUUGUUGGCAUAGGUGGUUCAGGUAGGUCUUCACUUGCCAAAUUAGCAACUUGGAUGUGCAACUAUAACAUGUUUACUAUUGAACUAACUAAAUCAUACGGAACUAUGGAGUUUAAAGAAGAUUUAAAACUUCUUUACGCCCAAACUGGAGUAAAAGAUCAACCAACAACAUUUAUAUUCAAUGAUACUCAAAUAGCCAAUGAAUCAUUUUUGGAAAUAAUAAAUAACAUUUUAAGUACGGGUGAAGUUUCUAAAUUAUACAAAGGAGAAGAAUUUGAAGAAAUUAAAAUCUCUUUGUCAGAUAUUGCUAAGAGAUCUGGUGUUCUUGAAACUGCUGAAGCAAUAUAUUCUUUUUUUAUAGAUCGUGUUAGAAACAAUUUACACAUUGUUCUUUGUUUAAGUCCUAUUGGAAAUGAAUUUCGAGUAAGAUUGAGGCAAUAUCCAUCAAUAAUCAAUUGCACAACAAUUGAUUGGUUUUUAGAUUGGCCAAAAGACGCUUUGUUAGAAGUAGCAGCAAAGUCGUUAAGCACAAUAGAUAUACUAAAGACAAUUACAGGAGAUCCUAGGGUCUACGAUAUUGAAAAUGUUAUUUUGACACAGGAAGAACUUAGAAGCUGUAUUGCAUUAGUUUUUGCAACAAUUCACCAAUCAGUAAUUGAAUGUUCAACUAAAAUGAUGUUGGAAAUGAAACGAUAUAAUUAUGUGACGCCAACUAAUUAUUUGGAAUUAGUUUCUGGAUAUGAAGAAACACUAGAUGUAAAACGAAAGGGAAUUGCUAAUACCGCUAAUAAACUGAGAAAUGGUCUUUUUAAAAUUGAUGAUACCAGUGAUAAAGUAGCUGAUAUGAAAGAAGAAUUGGGAAAAGCUACUAAACAAGUUAAUUUAUACACUAAAGAAUGCGAUAAAUUUCUUGAUAUCAUAUACAAGCGGUCUUUAGAAGCAGAUAAACAAAAAGAAGAAGUAGCUGAACAGAGUGUAAAAAUUAAAGAAGAAGAAGUAAUUUGUCAAGAAUUAUAUAAUACUGCUAUGGAUGAUUUAAAAGCUGCAAUGCCUGCUUUAGAAGAAGCUAUGGAUGCUUUAAAUUCAUUAAAUAAAAAAGAUCUUUCUGAAGUGAAAUCAUUUUCAAGACCACCAGAUAGAGUAAAAUUAGUAUUAGAAGCCGUAAUGACCCUAAAGCAAUCUGAACCAACUUGGAAUGAAGCUAAAAGGCAAUUAGGAGAUCCUGAUUUUUUAAACCAAUUAAAAGAUUUUGACAAAAAUAAUAUUCCAGAUAAGGUGUUAAAAAAAAUUGCUGUAUUUACAAGAAAUCCUGAAUUUGAACCUAAUAAAGUAGGCCUUCAGUCUAUGGCUUCCAAAUCUUUAGCUCUAUGGGUAAUUGCUAUUGAAAAAUAUGCAAAAAUUUACAAAGUUGUUGCUCCAAAAAAAGCAGCAGCAGACAAUGCAAUGGAUUCACUUAAAGAAAAACAACUAGCUCUUUACACAGCUGAACAGAAACUUUUACAAUUAAAAAAACUUCUUGACGAUCUUCAAGCAGAAUAUGCCGAAAAAAUGAAAGAAAAGGAAGAAUUAGUAAAAAAGGCGGCUGAAUUAAGAAGAAGUCUAGAAAGAGCAGAAAUACUUAUUGAUAGAUUAUCUGAUGAAAGAGAAAGAUGGACAAGAACUGUGAAACAACUCGAUAUAGAUUUCGAUUAUUUGCCUGGGGACUGCUUGAUAAGCACUGCAUUUAUUUCCUACAUGGGUCCUUUUGUAUCGAAAUAUAGAGAAACUCUUUUUAAUCUCUGGGCUAAUACAAUCAAAGAUAUGACAAUACCGCAUAAUCCAGAAUAUCAAGUUACUGAAUUUUUAUCAAAUCCAGCUAUUAUAAGAACAUGGAAUAUUAAUGGUCUACCAAAUGAUGGAUUUAGUAUAGAAAAUGGUAUAAUAAUAAGUCGAAGUUCGCGAUGGCCAUUAGUGAUCGAUCCCCAAUGCCAAGCACAAAAAUGGAUUAAAAAUAUGGAGGCUGAUAAUGGAUUAAAGGUAAUAGACUUUGGUGUCCAAAAUUACAUUCAAAUUCUAGAAGAUGCUUUACAAAACGGUUAUCCCACAUUACUUCAAAUAUCUUCUGAAACUAUUGAUCCAGCUGUUAUGCCAGUAUUAUCCAAGUCUAUUGUUAAACAAAAAGAUACAUUUUUUAUUAAAAUGGGUGAUAAAUUACUAUUAUACGAUGAAAAGUUCAGGUUUUUUAUAACAACAAAAAUGAGAAAUCCUCAUUAUCCUCCUGAGAUUUCUACAAGAACAACUGUGGUAAAUUUUGCUAUUAAAGAAGAAGGUCUAGAAGAUCAACUACUGGGGAAUGUUGUUAAAAUAGAAAAACCAGCACUCGAGAAACUCAAAAAUAGUUUAAUUAUUAAUAUUGAUUCGGGAAAAAGAACACUGAUGGAAUUGGAAGAUGAACUCUUGAGGUUAUUAAAUGAAAGUGAAGGUUCUUUGUUAGAAAAUGAAGAACUAUUUCAAACAUUGGAGUCAUCAAAAAAAACUUCAGUGACAGUCAACAAACAGCUUCAAAAUUCAUUGACAACACAAGCUGAAAUUGAUGCAACUCGCGAGGGAUAUCGACCAUGUGCUAAACGGGCUUCGACGCUGUUUUUCAUACUUAACGAUUUGAAUCAAAUAGAUCCUAUGUAUCAAUUUUCGUUAGAUUCAUACGUUACUUUGUUUGAAAAUUCUAUAAAGAAAAGCGAAAAAUGUGAUUUAAUCAAUCUAAGAAUAAAUUAUUUGAAUGUUUACCAUACAUAUGCAGUAUACAGAAAUACAUGUCGUGGUCUAUUUGAACAGCAUAAACUUCUAUUUUCUUUUCAAAUUUGUAUCAAAAUAUUACUAACCAAAGGUCAAUUGCUAUGGAGCGAAUUUGAGUUUCUUCUAAAAGGUGGAAUCGUAUUAAACAGAGAAGAACAAGAUGAAAAUCCGUGUACAGCAUGGCUGCCGUUAACUAAUUGGGAUAAUAUAACAGAACUAGACAAAAUGCCAGGUUUUCAUGGUAUAGCAAAAUCUUUUGAACAAUUUUCACGUGAAUGGAAAGAAUGGUACAUGUCCCCUGAGCCUGAAACAUUAACAUUAGUUGGUCAAUGGAAAGAUAUAUGCAAUUCAUUUCAACAAAUGUUGUUCAUAAGAUGUUUAAGAAUUGACAGAUUAUCAUUUUCAAUAUCAAAAUUUAUCGUUGAAAAUUUGGGACCAAAAUUUGUUGAACCCCCAGUAAUGGAUGUUAAAAGUGUAUUGGAAGAUUCAAGCAACAAAACUCCAUUAAUUUUUGUAUUGUCUCCUGGAGUUGAUCCUACAAAUAUGUUAAUUAGUCUCGCAACCAACUGUAAUAUGAAAGAUAAAUUUCAUACGCUUUCAUUAGGUCAAGGGCAGGCACCUAUAGCAACAGCAUUGAUUGACAUUGGUCAACGAGAAGGGCAUUGGGUGUUCCUGGCUAAUUGUCAUCUAUCCCUUUCGUGGAUGUCACAUUUAGAUAAAAUAAUUGAUAUAAUGCAAGAUGGAAAAAGUCAUCCAAACUUUAGGUUAUGGUUAAGCUCUAGUCCACAUCCAGAUUUCCCCAUUGCCAUAUUACAGAGUGCUAUUAAAAUGACUACUGAACCUCCAAAAGGUUUAAAAGCAAAUAUGACACGGUUAUACCAAAAUAUUAACGAAGAUAAUUUUUCUAAAUGUAAAGCGCAGGAUAAAUACAAAAAGUUAUUGUUUGCGUUGUGUUUCUUUCAUUCUGUUCUAGUAGAGAGGAAAAAGUUUCAAAUGCUUGGUUGGAACGUGGUUUACAGUUUCAACGACUCUGAUUUCGAAGUGUCUGAAAAUUUACUAUCAAUAUAUUUGGAUGAAUAUAAUGAAACACCUUGGGAUGCUUUAAAAUACUUAAUUGCAGGAAUUUGUUAUGGUGGUCAUGUGACCGAUGAUUGGGAUAGACGACUCUUAAAUACAUAUAUUGCUCAAUAUUUUAAUGAAGACGCCAUUUCUAUACCAUAUUAUAGGUUGUCUUCAUUAUUAAUGUACUAUAUUCCACGUGAUGGUAAUCUACAAUCAUAUAGAGAAUUCAUUAUGACUUUGCCAAUUGUAGAUAGUCCACAAGCUUUUGGGCAACACCCUAACUCAGAUAUGGCAUCUCUAAUGGGAGAAAAUUAUAAUUUAUGUGAAACUCUUAUAUCAUUGCAAGGACAAUCAUCAGGUGUAGUCGAAGAACACAAAGAAGAAAAAGUAUUUAUGCUUUUAUCUAAAAUUUUACAGAAAGUACCAGAUAUUAUUGACUAUGAUACAACAGUAAGAAAUAUUGGAGUUAAUAGAAGUCCUCUAGAUGUGGUAUUACUUCAAGAGAUUUUACGUUAUAACACUUUGUUGAAAAAUAUUAAAUCAUCAUUGAUAAAUUUAAAAAAAAGUAUUCAAGGUUUAGUUGUUAUGUCGUCAGACCUCGAGGAAGUUUUUCAAUGCCUAGACGAGGGUAGGGUACCAAGUCAAUGGCUCAAAGCCUAUCCUUCACUUAUGAACUUGGGAGCUUGGACACAGGAUUUGAUUGAGAGGAUCAAUCACUUUACUAUCUGGGCUGUCACAGCUCGUCAACCAAUUUUAUUUUGGUUGGGAGCUUAUACCUUUCCUACAGGCUUUUUAACUGCAGUUUUACAAAUGGAAUCAAGAAAUUCAUCGGUACCGAUAGAUUUACUUCAAUGGGAUUUUAUACCAAUCACUAUACCUCAGAAGGACAUUGUCAUGCCUCCCAGUAAGGGUGUGUAUGUACGAAGUCUUUAUUUAGAAGGAGCUAAUUGGGAUCAUAAGAAUUCGUGUUUGUGUGAACCUAAACCUUUACAAUUAAUUGCAAAAUUACCAGUUAUACAAUUCAAGCCGGUUAAAAAUGUCAAGAGAAAAAUGAAAAGUUUUUAUUUAUGCCCAGUGUAUUACUAUCCACGUAGAUGUGGAAUACAAGGAAGAGAUGCUUUUGUUGUUGGAUUAUAUUUAAAUAGUGGAAUAGAACCACCAAAUCAUUGGAUUAAAAGAGCAGCAGCUGUUUUGCUUAGCUUGUCAAAUUAAUCAUAGGAUAUAUAUUUAUAUAUAUUACAUUUAACUUUCAUUGAAAGUUUGCAGUAUAUACAUAUAUUGUAAACUAUACUA